AUGAUUAAAAGACUAUUUACUAAAUAGUUGUGGAGAUUUUGCACAGCUUCUCAAAGAGCUUCUAAGAUUAUUCACACUACUGAUCAUAAUUAGCAUCCUGAACCUUAAGUAGAUGAGUCUAAGCUCUUAUUUAAGCAAAAAUUACAACCUUAUCUUAAUUAUCAUCAAAGCAUAUCUUUCAACAUCUCAAGCUACAACGAAGAGUUAAUCCCAUUAAAGCAGUAAUAAUAGGACAGAAUAUACUUGGCCUUUUUCCGUAAAUUUUAAGGUGUGAAAACUUAUUAGCAUUCAAAAAGAUAGUCAGAUCCCACAUAAAAGACUAAUAACCCUCGUAGCUGUUGGUAUUAAAUACAAUUACCUUUUGAGUCUGAAACUGAGUUACGUACACGCUUUUAGCGCCACUAUUCUGACUCAAUAAGAGUAAGCAAACUGCUAGAGGUUUUAGAUCAUAUAGCUACUAAAAUUGGUUAUUCAUAUUGCUAUAAUGAUCCAGGUGCAAUUAUUACUACCUCGUAUGUUGAUCACAUGAAUUUUUUUAACAAAAUGAACUCAUUUAAAGAUCUCUAUAUUUGUGGUUAUCCUACCUAUUAAAAAGGACCAGAAAUAGAAGUUUAAAUCGAUUUGAAGCAAAAAGAUGAUAAUGGAUAGCUUUAACUUGUUUCUUGUGCUUCCUUCCUUUUACAAGUAAAAGAUAAGUUAACAAAUUAACCUUAUGAAAAAACUCCUGAGUUCUCAAUUGAAGGAGAAGAAAGCCCAGACAGAUGCUAAAAUCGUUUUAAUGUUGGAAAAGAAAACACUCAUAAAAGACAAUAUGGAAAUCUAAGAGCAAAUCUAACUAUUCCUCCUGAAAAAGAUGAAAUUGAUGAAGUCCAUCAAUUAUUUAUGAAAAAUAGAAAUAUUACAUCUGAUUCUAUUCAAAUAGAUGCAACUCUUGAACAAAAAAUAUUAUUAAUGCAAAGUUAAGAAAGAAAUUUAAAUGGUUAAAUUUAUGGUGGUCAUUUAAUGAAGGAAUCUAUUGAUUUAUCAUGGAUUUCAGCUUAUAAUCAUGUAAAUACCGUAUAACAUAACCAUAUAAAUCCUGAAAUUUCUUACAUAGAUGAUUUUUAGUUCUUGUCUCCUGUUGAAGUUAGUAACAUCAUUAAUUUUGAAUCAAAAGUUGUAUACACUUAUAAAAACUAUGUGAUGGUAAGAGUCCAAUGCUAGAAAUUAGAAUCUAUCAGCUAAUAAUCUCUAACAAACUAAAUGUAUAUUAUUUAUAGAAUAGAUGAUGACAAACCAUUUAAGCAAGUUAUUCCUAUUACAUAUAAUGAGUGUCUUACUUAUCUUGAAGCAAAGAGAAGAUUCCAUGCUAUCCUAACUGAUGUUUAUGUCUAGGCAACAUCUAACUGA